ACGGGAUCAAUUGCACAGCGACAAGUCAGCCUGGCAGCAAGUGAUUGCCUGGACUUAUUAUUAUUCCCUUAUCUACCGACCAAAGACGAGAUUUCCCUUAAUUCAAGCACAGAUGAGGCGAUCAAGGGAGCACUGCAGAUAGACAUACAACACCAGCCACGAUGCCCCCAGCAACCAACAAACAAAUCAAAAUAGACAAGCGCGACUUUGACGUCAAUAGACCUCUUCUAGCUGAUCAUGGAAACAUUGACGAAGAAUCCGGCCGUAUACGCACCUUAUCAGAUGAGCCGCGCAUAUCCAGGCUCUCCGCAGACAGCGAUGGUUCCGAUCGACCAGGUGAAGGGUUACUAAGUGAGGUGGUCGAGACUAUCGUGGAGAGAGAUCGACAGAAGAUGAAGAAGGAGGUUAUACGUGUUAUGAGCUUUGUGUGGAGUGUUUUGAGCUGUCUCGGCGCUGGAAGUAUUACGGCAUUCUCCCUAUACGGACCACUACUACUUACGCGAUUACACUAUUCUCAAGACCGCGUUAAUGGUAUCGCAGUCGCGGCUGAGGUAGCAAUGUACCUACCCGUUUCGAUCUUUGGAUACUUAUGCGAUCGAUACUCCCCUUCACCCGUUUCGCUGUUGGCGGGCAUAUUCUUCGGCGCGGGAUAUCUACUUGCAGCACUAUCCUAUAAAAGCGGUCCACCGGUCGAUGUAGGCGGAUCUGGAUGGCCGUAUUGGGUCAUGGUUGUCGCUUUCGUGUUGAUUGGUAUGGGCACUUGUUGUCUUUACGGCGCCGCGGUAACCACAUGCGCGAAGAACUUUGGCCGAGGCAAAUAUAAAGGGAUUAUGUUGGCGGUACCAAUCGCCGCGUUUGGUUUGAGUGGUAUGUGGCAGAGUCAGAUUGGUAGUCAUGUACUAUGCGAAAGACGCCCGGACGGCUCAUGCAGUGAGGCGGUGGAUGUGUUUCGAUAUUUCAUCUUUCUGGCCGUUCUUUUAUUUGUUAUUGGGGUUGGUGGAACGGCGGCAUUGCGUACUGUUGAUGGCGAGGAACAGGAGAAGUAUAUUGAUGAGGCUGUAUCCGAGCUUGAGCGGAGUGGUAUUCUGGGUGAAGACGGGUUCUUCCGCCCUCGCGAAGAGGUUAGGGCAGCAUAUGGGACGUUUCAGAAUGAGGGAAGUGAUUCGGAAGAUCUUGCGGAUGAUCGGUCCAUUACUCUCUCAGAGGAAGAGCGCGCGGAGUUGCGUCGUCAGAAGGAGCGUGAGGAGGAAGAGCGUCAGAAGAAGAAUUGGUUGCUGAAUCACGAAACUAGACUAUUCUUCAAGGAUCAUACGAUGUGGUGGCUUGCUUUGGGCUUCUUUUUUGUGACGGGUCCCGGAGAAGCAUAUAUCAAUAAUCUGGGAACAAUAAUCCACUCCUUAACUCCAAUCUCAUAUCCUCUCCAAGCUCCACCACCGGCAGGCUCAGCCUCAACCCACGUCAGCACAGUCGCCAUCACAUCAACAAUCGCCCGUCUUUUCGUCGGCUCCAUCACAGACCUCUUCGCACCGCCCGCAACACACCAAUUCAUCUACAGCCUCGACAAUCCAAACCGCCAACCAAUCCCCCACCCCGCAGACAGAGGCUACAAGGGAAUAACCAUAUCCCGCCUCACUUUCCUCCUCCCUAGCGCAUUAAUCCUAUCUCUCGGAUUCUUGAUUCUAGCUUCCCCCUUGAUCCUCCCUCAUCCAGGCCUGUUCCACCUCACAACCGCCUUCGUCGGUUUCGGCUACGGCGCCUCCUUCGCACUAAUGCCCAUCAUAAUCUCAGUGGUAUGGGGUGUUGAGAAUUUCGGCACAAACUGGGGUAUCGUAGCCAUGGUUCCAGCUGCCGGGGCAGCCUUUUGGGGCUUUGUAUAUUCAAAGGCUUAUCAAGAUGCUAUUAUUAGCCCUCCUCACGCACCACCGGAUGAACGACAGGGACAGUGUGUUGGUUGGAGAUGUUUUGGGUUUUGGGCUGUUGGGUGUACGAUUAGUGUUUGGAUGGCCAUUGUUGUUUGGCUUGUUGCUUGGAGGGGAUGGAAGAAAAGGGGCGUUGUUGUAUAGAUAUUGUCCCUGAAUUGUCGACUGGCGUGUAUACAACGAUUUUGGGUUUACAGGGAUGGAUUUAGCAUACUGGUGUUAUAUUCAAGCUUGUCAAUAUUGUACAUAUCUACUCAUACUUAAUAAAGUAAAGAUCUGCC